AAGCCCUAACUCUUGUUUGCAGGUGAAUGGCGGUGUUAGUGUGCACCAGAAGUUGGUGCCUUGUCAAUGAAUAGCCGAUUCAAUCGCCUCGCCUCACCUGUUUGAAUUUCAAACUCGAAAUUCAUCGGUAAGCUUAUUUUGCUUGCUCCUAAAAACCUAUGUUCAUUGCGGAUAAAAUGUUGGGUCUGUUACUCUGUAAAAGAAUGCAGCUGCAUUCAUCUCCAGCUUGGAGAAAUGUUGGAUAUUCGACUACCCAUUUGAGUUUCCUUUUAGAUUUUGCGUCAAUUUCUCAAAGCAGACCUUUCUCAUCAAAUGUUGUUGCAAAAAAAUUUGACAAACAGUCAUUUACAGUGUCUUAUCUCAUUAAUUCAUGUGGGUUAUCCCCUGCAUCUGCUAAAUUGAUCUCGGAGCGUGUUCAGUUUCGAGAUUCAGUAAAGCCAGAUUCAGUCCUCAAUUUGCUCAGAGACCAUGGAUUCACUGAUGCUCAUAUCUCCAGAAUUGUUAGGGUACAGCCGCUAGUGCUUUGGUUAGAUGCUGAGAGAACUGUUUUGCCCAAACUCGAGUUCUUUCGUUCCAUUGGGAUUUCAGGAGCUAACCUUGCAACUCUCGUUUCCAGAAACCCAAGUCUCUUUGGACGGAACUUGAGUAAAAUUAUUUCUUGUUAUGAUUUCCUCAAGAGCCAGCUUGUUGACAGUGAAAUAGUUGUUAAAUCCUUGAUGAAGACUUCACGGAUUUUACAGGAGGAUGUGCGGCGGAAUGUUUGUCCCAAUAUCUCAUACUUGAAAGAGGUUGGAGUUCCAGAUUCCAAUAUCCAGCUUCCAAUAUCCAGCUUCUUUUGAAGAAGGCAUCAGAGUCCUUGUGCUUGGAUACCAAUAAAUUCAAUGAGAAGGUGAAACAAAUUCUUAGUAUGGGAUUCAACCCUUUAAGUUAUGCCUUUUUCGAGGUUACUAGAGCUUGGCCAACCAAAGAAACUUGGGAACUCAAGGCAGAAGUAUAUAGAAGUUGGGGUUGGUCUGAAGAUGAGAUCUUGUCAGCUUUCAAGAAAUUUCCUUCACUUAUGAGUAUAUCAACAAAGAAAUUUACAAGUGUGAUGGAUUUUCUGGUGAACAAGAUGGGUUGGCAUCCUGCAGCUGUUGCUUCAUUUCCAUUUGUCCAUGCUAGCAGUUUAGAGAAGAGGAUCAUCCCAAGGUGUUCUGUUAUACGAGUUUUGUUGUUAAAGGGUCUGAUAAAGGAGGAAAUUUUUUUGUCUACUGUGGUAAUAUCGCCAGAGAAGUACUUCUUAGAUAGAUUUGUGUUCAGGUAUGAGAAACAGGUCCCUGAAUUGUUGAAUAUCUUCCAAGGGAAACUGGACCUUUUAGAACUAGGCCUAAGUUUUGAAGGAAAGAUUGAUGCCAAACUCAAAUAGCAUGUGGCAUAACAAUUUUCAGUUUGAUUUAUGCAAGGAAACUUGUGAAUAGCGUUGAUUUUCCUCCUGGUAGGUAGUUACUUUCUUCUGCUUAAACAAUGAACUUCCUCGCUAGAAGAAAGCAAAAUGUUCCUUUUUUUCGUUGGUGUAAACUGUAAGUAUUCUCCCUUGAUCCUGAUUCACCCAUUUAAUGAAAGACUGACAGAAAGACUGAGUUCAGCUUCAAAUUUGUAAUUUCAUUGUCCUUAACCUACAAUUGUUACACGUACAUUAAAGGGUGCAUUUCGUUGUACUUUUGUAUUUGCAUGUAUUUUGACGAUCAUUGAGGAAGCCCUUCUAUUUCCGAUUAU